AUGGGCGUCAAAAAGAGACCUUUCUCUGGUGGGCAGGGGUCCAGAAGUAAUACUAAGAAGCCUGAUGUUCAUGAAAGCUCUUCUCUUUUAAGCAUUGCGGAGGCGGUAAGUCAAAGGAAUACUAAUGUAACUAAGGUCAUUAAGAAAAGUCAAAUCUUUGUUUCGCUCACUGCACUAGAAGCAAAGCAGCUUAGUCGCUGCAAGCUUGAGGAGCUGGCUAACAACCAGAGCUUGCAAUUAAUUGAAAAGGAAGGUAACGUAUCGUAUCUUGACUUUUCAAAUUUCAGCUCCCUACAGUUGGCGCUAGUGCUCUGCUCAAUCUUUGGAAUCAAAAGCAAACAAUGGCUAGGGAAAUCGACUAGCGACAGCAGAUCUAUACCGCGAAAUAUUCCUCUAAGGGGAAGCUUUUAUAUCCACAAGACAUGUAAGGUGCCAAGAGAUCAUCCAGAGUCCUUAAAAUGUGGGAUCUCAGUAUCAAGGGUUGUUGAUAUCACGAACUUCGUGGAGGUUUCGAUAGACAUUUAUGGCGCAACUUCAUUUAUCGAGGGGCUAACACGAUUUGCAAGCUUUUUGAAGUUUCAGAAGUCGGAAAACUGGGUGAAAUCGGAAUUCUAUGAGGGCCUGCGAAAUAAGUGGCUGGUCUCAGAAAUGUCAAUAGCCGCUGUGCCUUUCCUGGAGAGAGGGCUGUUAGUGAAUAACAACGAGAUUGCUAAAACAAAUUCCGCUCUGAUCGAGAAAACACGAAAGUCCCUCGAAGGGUUCGCACAAGACUUGAUUAAAAAUAACAAUGAAACCCCGAUGGAAAAGAGGGACGAAUCCGAAGCUCAGGGUCUGACUAGUACAUCAAUCUCUGAGCGGAAAUCAAGUUCAAACACAUCCCGCUACAGCGUCUCUACUCAUGACAGCGCUACGAGAAGUACUAAAGCUGGUAGUGGAAGAACGCUCGACCCUCAGUCUCGAAGUCUCAACUCCAACUUCUUAACUCAAGAACAAAUUACUGACUACUGUAAAGCCACGAUUCAGGCCUCCAUUGAAGCAGUGAAAUCUAAGUCACCAUAUCAGAUCAUCAAAACCUACAUCAAGUGCCCUCGCGUAUAUUACGUUGACUUACUAUAUGAGCAUUUGAACAGGCUGCGAUCUGAAACCAAUUGCAACAUCGUGGUUCUCAACCUGAACAACGUCCAUGAAUCAACGUCUUGGUUCGGCUCUUUGAAGGUUUCGAAAUUCACCUCAGUUUCGUCAAUACCGCAUCCAAGUACUGUGAGGGUGGUCAGUAUUGGAGGCAUUGGUGAACAUAAUGUCAAAAGCUUGCAGCUUCUACUGAAACUAUUUGAAGAAAACCCAGCAGCGUAA